AUGGCGGAGCGCGGUCAGCUCCCUCCCCCCGCUAAGCGCCUCUGCUGCAGACCUGGCUACGGCUCAGGGUGCAGGCCGGGCCAGCGGGCGGGCGGCGGCGGACCCGGCAGCGGGGUGCUCUGUGCCGGACCCUCCUCCGCGGCCGCCGCCGCUGCCGCCCUGGGGCUGCUGCCGCUCGGCAAGACUCAGAGCCCCGAGUCCCUGCUGGACAUCGCGGCUCGCAAGGUGGCGGAGAAGUGGCCCUUUCAGCGGGUGGAGGAGCGGUUCGAGCGGAUUCCGGAGCCGGUGCAGCGCAGGAUCGUGUACUGGUCUUUCCCCCGCAGCGAGAGGGAGAUCUGCAUGUACUCCUCCUUCAACACCGGCGCCGAGGACCCCGCCGCCCCCGGGGGGGCCGCUGCCAGCACCGCGCCCGGCGGGGCCGCGGACGCCGCCGCCGACGAGAACCGCCUGCCCUUCCGUAGGGGCAUCGCUCUGCUCGACGGCGGCUGCGUCGAUAACGUCCUGCAAGUCGGUUUCCACUUGAGCGGCACGGUGACAGAUCCUGCAAUGCAAUCGGAGCCAGAAACUGUUUGCAAGGUAGCUAUCAGCUUUGAUCGUUGCAAGAUUACCUCAGUGACCUGUAGCUGUGGAAACAAGGACAUAUUUUACUGUGCCCACGUUGUCGCACUCUCUUUAUACCGGAUCCGCAAGCCAGAUCAGGUCAAACUGCAUCUUCCCAUUUCAGAGACACUCUUUCAAAUGAACAGAGACCAACUACAAAAGUUUGUACAGUAUUUGAUCACAAUGCACCACACAGAAGUUUUGCCAACAGCUCAGAAAUUAGCAGAUGAAAUUCUUUCUCAGAAUUCAGAAAUCAAUCAAGUCCAUGGUGCUCCUGACCCAACAGCAGGUGCUAGCAUAGAUGAUGAAAACUGUUGGCACUUGGAUGAAGAACAAGUCCAGGAGCAAGUUAAACUCUUCCUCUCCCAGGGUGGAUACCAUGGAUCAGGGAAGCAGCUCAAUUUGCUUUUUGCGAAGGUGCGAGAGAUGUUAAAGAUGAGAGACUCUAAUGGAGCUCGCAUGUUGACAUUGAUAACAGAACAGUUCAUGGCUGACCCUCGUCUGUCGCUUUGGAGGCAACAAGGCACUGCAAUGACUGACAAGUAUAGGCAACUCUGGGAUGAACUGGGUGCUCUUUGGAUGUGUAUAGUCUUAAAUCCCCACUGCAAGUUGGAGCAGAAGGCCAGUUGGCUAAAACAGCUGAAAAAAUGGAACAGUGUGGAUGUUUGUCCCUGGGAAGAUGGAAACCAUGGAAACGAGCUGCCCAAUUUAACCAAUGCUUUGCCUCAGGGUGCAAAUGCUAACCAAGAUUCAUCAAACAGACCGCAUCGGACGGUGUUCACUCGAGCUAUUGAGGCAUGCGAUCUCCACUGGCAGGACAGCCACUUACAGCACAUUAUCAGCAGUGACUUAUACACCAACUACUGUUACCAUGACGACACUGAAAACUCGCUCUUUGACUCUCACGGGUGGCCCCUCUGGCAUGAACAUGUUCCUACAGCCUGUGCAAGGGUUGAUGCAUUACGAUCUCAUGGAUACCCAAGAGAAGCACUGAGGCUAGCAAUAGCUAUUGUUAACACACUAAGAAGACAGCAGCAAAAACAGCUGGACAUGUUCCGGGCUCAGAAGAAAGAACUUCUCCACAAAGGAGUAACCUCAAUAACUAAUCUUGAAGGCUGGGUGGGGCACCCAUUGGAUCCAGUUGGCACCCUCUUCAGUAGCCUUAUGGAAGCCUGCAGGGUGGAUGAUGAAAGCUUCCAUGGCUUCUCAGACUUCACAGACAACAUGGGGCAGUGCAAAUCUCUGGAGUACCAGCACCUGCCUUCACACAAAUUCUUAGAAGAAGGGGAAUCUUACUUAACGCUGGCUGUGGAAGUAGCAUUGAUAGGUCUGGGGCAGCAGCGAAUAAUGCCAGAUGGCUUGUAUGCACAAGAGAAGGUUUGUCGAAAUGAGGAGCAGCUCAUUUCUAAGCUACAGGAAAUUGAAUUGGAUGAUACACUGGUGAAGAUCUUUCGAAAGCAAGCAGUCUUCCUAUUAGAAGCUGGACCAUAUAGUGGUUUAGGCGAAAUCAUCCAUCGAGAGAGUGUUCCAAUGCACACAUUUGCCAAGUAUCUCUUCACCUCUCUCCUACCUCAUGAUGCUGAAUUGGCAUACAAAACUGCACUGAGAGCCAUGCGGUUGCUAGUAUUGGAAUCUACAGCUCCAUCAGGAGAUAUGUCCCGCCCACACCACAUUGCAUCAGUUGUUCCAAACCGCUAUCCCCGUUGGUUCACGCUAAGUCACAUUGAGUCCCAGCAGUGUGAGUUGGCAUCAACUAUGCUAACAGCAGCCAAAGGUGAUGUUCGGAGGCUGGAAACAGUGUUAGAAUCCAUCCAGAAAAAUAUUCACUCCUCAUCACACAUCUUCAAGCUUGCCCAGGAUGCAUUUAAAAUAGCAACACUCAUGGACAGUUUGCCAGACAUCACUCUUUUGAAAGUUUCUUUGGAGUUAGGCCUUCAGGUGAUGCGGAUGACAUUGUCAACAUUGAAUUGGAGGCGGCGGGAGAUGGUGAGGUGGUUGGUAACCUGUGCAACAGAAGUAGGUGUUUAUGCACUGGAUAGCAUCAUGCAGAACUGGUUUACACUUUUCACUCCAACCGAGGCCACUAGUAUUGUUGCUACAACAGUGAUGUCCAACAGCACCAUCGUCCGUCUGCAUCUGGACUGCCAUCAGCAGGAGAAACUGGCCAGCAGUGCUAGGACGCUUGCUCUACAGUGUGCCAUGAAGGAUCCUCAAAACUGUGCCCUCUCUGCACUGACCUUAUGUGAAAAGGAUCACAUAGCUUUUGAGACCGCUUACCAAAUUGUUCUAGAUGCUGCUACGAAAGGCAUGAGCUAUACGCAGCUUUUUACUAUAGCACGCUAUAUGGAACAUCGUGGUUACCCUAUGCGGGCCUACAAGCUGGCCACUUUGGCCAUGAACCAUCUCAACCUGAGUUACAAUCAGGACACACACCCUGCCAUUAAUGACGUUUUGUGGGCAUGUGCGCUCAGCCACUCCCUUGGGAAAAAUGAGCUUGCAGCUAUAAUACCUCUGGUGGUCAAAAGUGUCAAAUGUGCAACAGUACUGUCAGACAUUUUGCGUAGGUGUACUUUGACCACUCCUGGGAUGGUGGGACUUCAUGGAAGGAGGAACUCUGGUAAGCUCAUGUCACUGGACAAAGCCCCUUUAAGGCAACUCCUGGAUGCCACGAUUGGAGCCUACAUUAAUACAACACAUUCACGACUCACACACAUCAGCCCUCGACACUAUAGUGAGUUUAUAGAGUUCCUUAGUAAGGCCCGAGAGACUUUCUUAAUGGCUCAUGAUGGACACAUUCAGUUUACACAGUUUAUCGACAACCUAAAACAAAUCUACAAAGGCAAAAAGAAACUGAUGAUGUUGGUUCGUGAACGGUUUGGUUGACAAAAAUGUGUGAGGG